UUGUUACCUCAUAUGUGGGAGGAACAGAACAAACAAAACAUAUAAAACAGACAAACCUAGGCUGCCAAGACCGGCAGCGUUAGGACUUUGUCUGAUUUAUUUUUUAGAAUCUAAAAACUCUUUUCAGAAAUAAUUUUUGAAACUUGUUUUUCUAAAAAAGAAAAGAAAAACUUUGCUGAAGAAAGAAUCGGUGAUUUGAAAACUAAAAUCAGCGAUUGCUUGCCGGUAAAGUGAUUUCGAGGUAAUUGAAUUCUCUAACAAGAAUCCUUUGAGAAAGUGAAGAAGAUGUCAAGGGCCAUAGACAAGAAGCUUGGUGCAGGACGUGUGGUGGCUGUAGCCAUUGAGAACAACAAAACAAGCCAAUAUGCCGUCAAAUGGGCUGUUGACAAUAUUCUUCCCAAGGAACAACAUCUCUUAUUAGUCCAUGUUAGACAAAGAGCUUCUUCCAUUCCUACACCAACUGGAAACAAUAUAUCCCUUGAUGGCAAUGAUGAUGUGGCUAGAGCAUACAAGCAACAAAUGGACAAUGAAUCCAGGGAGCUUUUUGCUUCAUUCCGUGUCUUCUGCAAUAGAAAGAGUAUACUAUGCAAAGAAGUGUUGUUGGAUGACACAGAUAUAGCUAAGGCAAUAAUUGAAGGCAUUUCAUCCUAUUCCAUAGAGCUUCUGAUACUUGGGGCCCCAUCAAGGAGUGGUCUUGUAAGAAGAUUUAGGACAUCGGAUGUUCCAGGUGUCGUGUCAAGAGGGGCACCGCCAUUCUGCACUGUGUACAUUAUUUCCAAAGGAAAGAUCUCAUCAGUGAAAACUGCUACUUCUGCACUACCUGCUAAACCUACACCAAAAUUGCAGCCUCAGCCUGUCCUGAGUAAUGAGAAAAUGGAGGCACAGCUAAUUCGCAGCCAUCCACCACGACCAUCAGCUGAGAAGCCAGCAUACCUUUCUCGCCAGAUUCAGGAUGAAGAUGAAAUGAGGUCACCUUUCACAAGAGUUGGAAAACCAGGCCACAGAUCCUACGAGUCCUCAAUCCCUGACUCUGACAUUUCAUUCGUGAGCAGUGGAAGGCCAAGUAUUGAUAGGAUGUUCCCUAUGGUAUACGAUGAAAUGGACUCAACCCCUCGGUUUUCGUCAGGAUCAGAUAAUGAUGUUAGAAGUUUCGGUUCAUCUUUCUCAGGUGCUAAGUCAAUUGAUCAGGGUGACUACUCAUUCUGCUCACAAGACAGUGGGACAUCAAUGUCGUCAGCACCAAGGUUUUCAAGUGGGGAUGAUGUGGAAGCUGAAAUGAGGAGACUGAGGUUAGAACUGAAGCAAACAAUGGAAAUGUACAGCACAGCUUGCAAAGAAGCUCUGACAGCAAAUCAAAAGGCAUUGGAACUUCAGCGUUGGAAAAUGGAUGAACAAAGGAAAUUGGAAGCGGCGCGAUUGGCUGAAGAAACAGCACUGGCAAUAGCUGAGAAGGAGAAAUUAAAAUGUCAAGCAGCCAUGGAGGCAGCAGAAGCAAGCCGGAAAAUCGCAGAGUUGGAAGCACAAAAAAGAAUGAACGCAGAAAUGAAAAGCAUGACAGAAUCUGAGCAGAAGAACAGGCCAGGAGACAGUAUUUCAUAUGGAGCCAGGUACAGAAGAUACACUAUUGAGGAAAUAGAAGAAGCCACAAACUUCUUUGCAGGCAAUCUCAAGAUCGGUGAAGGGGGCUAUGGACCAGUCUACAAGGCUGAACUAGAUCACACGCAGGUUGCAAUCAAAGUGCUAAAACCAGAUGCAUCUCAAGGACGGUCACAGUUUCAGCAAGAGGUUGAAGUGCUAAGUUCAAUAAGGCAUCCCAACAUGGUUCUCCUCCUUGGAGCAUGCCCGGAGUACGGUUGUCUAGUGUACGAGUACAUGGCGAAUGGAAGCUUGGACGAUUGCCUCUGCAGGAGAAGCAAAAACUCACCAGUUCUUCCCUGGCAGCUAAGAUUCAGAAUUGCAGCAGAGAUAGCCACUGGCCUCCUUUUCCUCCACCAGGCAAAACCAGAACCGCUGGUGCACCGCGACUUAAAACCAGGAAACAUUUUGCUUGACCGAAACUUUGUGAGCAAGAUCAGUGAUGUGGGGCUGGCUAGGCUUGUCCCUCCUUCAGUUGCAGACACCGUGACACAGUACCGCAUGACAGCAACUGCCGGAACAUUCUGCUACAUCGAUCCUGAGUACCAGCAAACAGGCAUGCUUGGAAUCAAGUCUGAUAUCUACUCACUUGGGAUCAUGCUUCUGCAGAUGGUAACAGCAAAGCCUCCAAUGGGUUUGACUCACCAUGUUGGAAGAGCUAUUGAGAGAGGGACAUUUGCUGAGAUGCUUGACCCUGCUGUUGAGGACUGGCCAGUUGAACAUGCCUUGCAUUUUGCAAAGAUAGCACUGCAGUGUGCUGAGAUGAGAAGAAAAGAUAGGCCUGAUCUUGGAAAAGUUGUGUUACCUGAGCUCAACAAGCUCAGAAACUUCGCUGAAGAUAACAUGCCUAUGAUGAUGAUGAUGUUUGGUGGUAAAGCAGGAUUUACUCCUAGAAGUAACAACAAUUUUUCACGCUCUACAUUUUCUUCCUCAGCCUCAGCUCAGGACUCUAUGACUAUGAGUGAAUCAAACUCCUUAUCUGGAAUGUCUGGAUAUGAAAGUCGCUCAAGCACAUCAUCAAUCACGAAAAUGUAAACUCUGAAGUUCAUAGUUUAACGCCGUGAUGCAUAAAAUGGGUGCAAGUUAACAAGAGGAGGCAUGCAGCAUGAAAGCUGGUUUAACAACAGCAUGAUGACAAUGCAACAAGCAUCCACUUCAAAGUCAAGUUUUAGGUUAAUCUGUCUAUAACAGGCAUAAAUUCAAGAAGUAGAAUGUAUCCAGACAAAACUGUAACUGUUCAAGUUAUUUGCUUAAAGAAUCACAAAGUAUCCAUGGUUGAA